GGUUUCACAAUACAGCUCACAAUGUACCUCAUAGUGGAGUUUGUCAACGAGGGGCAAACUGGACCAGUGGCAAAGUCCUGGUACAUGGAUGGGUUCUCCUGGUGGCCUCCCUAUAAAGAUCAAAGCCGGCUUUUAAAAAGUGUUAAAAAAGCUGAGGUCCCCCAUCCAGAUAAAGGGUGGAAAAAGCACAGUGUGCGAAUCCUUUAUGAAGCAGAAUCAUUUGAUAACGUUGUUUCUAAAUGGAAAAAAAGUCAUGCUACACGUCAGAUCUGAACUCUGACACAGAGAUUCUAGGAAAGAGAGUCAGCAAAAGAAAAGUAUACUCUUCAACGGAGGAAGAUGAAUCGCCACCGGUGGGAAAAAAAAAAAUCCCACUGCCCCAAGACCCCCAGCCCCACCACAGACUUGUAGACAGCCUGGACCUGGAACACAUAAUGCAUUGUACAGCAGCUUCCAGUCGGGAGCAAGAGCAGAGCAAGAGUGGUGCAACAAACCAUCAGAUGUUCAAGGAAGGCCAUUUUCUCCAUGGGAACACUCAGGCCAUCAUAUGUCACAGACCCCUGCCAUACAACAAGAGUCUUCUGAGUGGUCAAUAUCUAACCAGACCCCAUAUAGCUUUCAGGAUACAAGACAAAGCCAACAGGUUCUACCUUAUGCACCUACACCACAACAAUGGCAAACAGGGUGGAACAUGCCCAAUACGUAUACAUGGCCAUCUCAGGAUACAAGACAAGGCCAGGAUGUUCUUUCUCAUACAAAUGGAUGAAAAUAAUGGCCACAUAUAUGUAAAUGCUGGCACUCCUGAGGUGUUCUACCGAACUGAUCAGCCAAUUCAAGAUGUGAUAACUACCCAGAACAGUGACAUAUUACUUGACAGUGGACCAGAUGAGGAUUCCCAGAUAUUGUCCUCUCCAAAACACGCCUAUAGUCCCUGUGAUGAGAUGGAGAACCUUGCUGAUAUCAUUAGAAACUUCAAGAGGGAGAACAUUAGUGAGCAUUCUACGUUGACGGUUGUGGCAAGAAGGAGGCGAAUUCUACACAGCGCCAUAACAGCUCUAAACAAGGGCUAUUUUGUCUGGCACAAACGUCCACAGAUUGAAUUUGUAGGUCAGAUGGCUGAUGAUUACGGCGGACCUACAAGAGAAUUCUUCAGGCUUUUCAUGAAAGACGUGCAGUCCACUUGGGGCAUUUUCGAGGGACAGCCAGACAACCUUUUUUUGUCUUAUGAUCAGGCAGCCCUAGAUAAGGGAAAGUAUUAUACUGGAGGGAAGCUGAUUGCCUGGUCUCUGUUGCCUGGGGGACCAGGCAUUAAGGCUUUACAUCCCAGCCUUUAUCAGUUAAUGUGUGGUCAGGCUCCAGAUCUUGAAGAAUUUGAUAUUUCCAUCUUGGCAGACAAGUGUGUGCAGGACAAGCUUCAGCAGAUUAAAGAAUGUAAAACUGAGGAGGCAUGGAAAAAUCUUCAGGACAGUUUGGGUGACUGGAUUGCAGAUUAUGGUGUGCCAGGGGUAUAUGAAGCCAAAAUCCAUGACGUUCCUCAGAUACUUUCCCAAGUUGUGAAGCAUUUCAUCUUUCACAG